GCAGCGCUCGUUCGAGGUCGCGUGAGAGCGCGCGCGCGCUCGCGCAUAUACACGCGAGAAAACGAAACAGAGGCGGAGGAGAGCACAACAGGGACCUCGUUGUCGAUGUAAAUUUUUUAAGCGGCCGGCUCGCGUGCAUCCGUGCAUCGGCCAGUUUAAUUAGAAGCGAACGCCACUAUUAUUUCCACGCUCGUCGACGCAGGCCAACAGUAAACGUUCAAGCCGCGAACGUUUAAGUCCCUUCAAUGAUUUAUUUCCUUUUCCAAUUUGCGCGACAAUGCGACCAUGCGUGUACCGGUGUGCCACUCGCUUCGCUGUUUCAUUCGGUGUGCGCGUUUUCUGUACCCGAGGCUUUUGUGUGCCGAGAAAUUGUGGCCAUGGUAACAUCGUCGAAUUCAUCGUUGGAGAAAGACAGAAGGAAAAAAAAACACAAGGAUUAAAGAGAAAAGAAUCACGGAUACAAUGGAGAAAAAGAAACCACGCGUUCUACGCGAUUAAAGAAACGGCAAUGGUCUCUUUAGAAUUGUAUCCGCUCUGGUGCAAGAUAUAUACUUUACUUACAAUGAAAGUGUAUAUUUUGAUUAAAAUGUGAAAAGUAUAAAACUAUAAAAGGUAAGUUGACAAUUAAGACAUGGCUUUUGUCUUAAUUUAUAGACGUUAUUGAUAUUGUUAAAAAUGGAAUUUAUCGAGCUAAUUGUAUUAUACACGUAUUUGUAUUAAUGUGUUUAAAUCUUACUGAAAUAAUUAUGUCGGCGAAUCAUUGUCCUUUUCACUGAUGUAAAACGUCAAAUGAAGUCACGAAAACGUACCGUCAACAAAGAAUAAAGUUAUAGCCUAAUCGAUUAUGAAAUUAAAGAUACGAUGUUUUCAACUCUACUAAAUACAAAUCCACAAAAUCUUGACUAACACCGUCAUGGUUUACAGCUCGCUAUGUGUAAAAAUAACUCGUACUGUAGACAGCGACAAACAACUCGCUUAAUAAUCAGAAAUCUACCUUAUACGUAUAUUUCAUCAUGUCUGACGUUAAACGCACAUAAACGUUUGCAGAGUGCGCAUUACGCAUUUUACCGGACACAAUGAACCCAUAGAGUGAACGUGGCAAAGCAGCGUGACCGUCGCAGAUUGAUAAUAAUGCGCUAAAAAGCGAACCACCCUUAGCCUAUCCACCACAAGCAUUCUCCAGUCUGUGAUCUCGAUCGACCGUGAUUAAUUUAUUUCAGAGAUUACCGGCCAUUUGUACGUGCCCUUUGGCCUACGUCAAUAAUACCGGUAAUACACUAUGAUCGUCCAGCCGUUCGGUAAUCGCACACCCGCUCGAAAUAAACGUGCUGCAUGCCGGUAGAUUUCAGCGCGGGGCAACCGCUUGAUGGAUUUCAACGGGAACGUUUGCGCCGACGAACAACGAAAUCGAUCGGAAGAAUCGCGGCAGGGCACAUUCGACGACAACGACAUCGAAAAAAUUCAGCAGCUGACAAACGAGAAGAAAAGGAAGCAAGGAACCGGUCCGAUAAGAUCGAACGAGUCGGUGAAAAACGGUGGCGAACGGGAUUUCCACCGAAAUCAGCAAUAUCGAAGGGGGAACCAGCAGAGAGAAAAUUACGCGGAAAUGUACGAACACAGAAAAGAUUCGAGCUACCAGGGAAGCUGUCCCGAUAGAAACACGAGCAAUUUCACGGGUGAAAAUAUUUGCCAACAUGAAAAUCCAAAUCUGUCUUAUGAUAAUUAUGGGAACAGCGUGAUUGAAUACGAUGCAAAUGGAGCUAAUGAUGCGUACAGAAACUGCAAAAGCGGAAUAAACAUCAGCGUUGUCUCGCGACAACCAACGUGUGAAAAUGUUGGAAUGGAAAAACCGGUGUACAACGUUUCUUUUAAACACUGCUAUAACAACACCAAUCAAAGAUCUGAUCAGAAACGAAGAAGAUUUUUUUCCAGGAGCAAACCAAAAGCCGGUAAAAAGAGCAAACAAAUUGCUGGAAACCGUCAGAACUACCGUUGCACCUUUGAGAACUGUUGCGGGAACUGCGAACCCUACGCUGUGAAAAGACAGGACGACGACUGUGGCUCGUGUAAAAAGUGGCAGAACACGGAUUUCUCUCCUAAAACCGAGUGCUUCGACGAUUGUUACUGCCCUCUCGAUGUGAAUUCUCAACAACCUUGCGUAGUUCACGAAGAGAACGAGCCAAAAUGCGAUUUCCCUCCCGACGAUUGUCACACGUCCAGCAAACAGUGUCUGCAGCGCGUCCAUUUCGCAGGAAAUGAAAAUUGCGCGAGAACUGAUCAUUCUUCGUGUUCGUUCUGCUCGAGAAAGUGCACACCGUCCAAAGCGAGUUUGUUCGUGGAAAUUGGGGAAAGCGUGGCAAACGUGAGCAACCUGACUUCCGUCCAAGCGUUUCAAUGCGACGAUUCGAUGGGAUUAUUGAAAGACGACGCUCCGAGGAAAGAAUACAGCGCCGUAAAAAGGAACAAGUCUGACUUGUUGAGGUGUCGUAGUAAAUCGAAGAAGAGCGAGCCGAAAUGCAGUUCCAGUUGUAAAGGUCGGCCAGGUGCCGUGGAACGCACCUGUUCGGAUAGAAUCGCGAGCAUGAGCGUGUAUCUUGAUGAUUACACGAUCGAACAGAUGCCCGAGGAACCGUUCAGCCCUGAGAUGAUAGGCAUCGUGCAGUCAAACGUGAGUUUUCAGGAUCUACGUGAUUGCAAAGCGCAAACGGAAAGUGACAUGUACAUCAAGAGAAAGACAACUGGUUGUAGUCAGCAAUGCGAAACAGACGAACGUUCCUUAUUGAGCGAUAUCCGAAAACAGGUACAGGAAACGUAUAAAUGUUUCGUCAAAAUGGUGACGACGAGUGUUGGCCAGAUUGUGAAACAAUCUUCGAAAUUGAAACGUUCGAAGAAGAGCACGAAGGAUCGUUCCACGUGUGGAACAUGCAUGAAAAAUUGCGAAGAAAAUACAUGUGCCAACCAAUGCAAUCAAUCGAAAAUGUACAACGAAUGCAUGUACGAAGGGACGUGUUGGCAAGGAAUAAUAGGACAGGAAUCAAACAACUGCGAUAUGCAUUGCUGUGGAAAUGUCUGUUGCGACGGCCUCGCUGGAUUGCCUGAAUGUCAAACACCUAUGUGUCAAAUUUAUCACCUGUCUUCAGAUGAUUAUUGGAAACCUAACUGCGACACGCAAGAACAGAUUCAAUCAGAGAGGGAGUGCUAUUUUGAUCUUAGCAGAAACGUUCACAGAAACGUAUAUUCUCCUAACGAAGCAGCUCCUAAAGAAAUACCGUAUCCCAAAUACGGUAGCGUUCGCAAAAAGGGUGGUGGCGAUACUUCCAAUCAACAGAAAAAACAGCCGACUCUGAACAAGCGCGGUGAACCAUCGGGCGUGUGCAAUCGCGAAAAUAACACUACGAGAAGUCAAGUAACUAAGCAACAAAAUCAGCCGACGAGUCAAUUUACUCCUCAAGACCAACAAACGGAUAGAACUAACAUACAACUAGACGUGAGCGUUCAAGCGAAUUCCAUUCGCGCGGUACUCGAUCCUACGACUGCUCCUUACAUCACAGAAAGUAUAGAGUAUCGCAAGAGAAUAAGAACCACGAACCGAUUAGAACCGUAUGCAGAUGAAAGUAGGGUGCCUCCUCAAAGAAAAGAGUGUCCUAGGAUUCAAGAAAUGGAAUCCACAUUGCAUCCUUGUCCUAAAGAAAACAUGAAAACACCGAGAAAAUUAGCUACUUCGUCAAAAAAGAAACCUUCGCCGAACCCUAUAACGCCAAAACAGGCACCCACGUCUCUGAAUCAAAGACAACCAUUCACGCCUGGGAGACCGGAAGUCAAUGCUAGAACAGGAGUAUCGACUCCAAGAAAAGAUGUACAAAGAGACAUAGUAAAGCAAGAAAGAAUGAGAUCAAAAUCCACGGUGAUCGGAAAAGGUGUCCAAUGUACGCUGAUCAGGGAAGUGCGUAUAAUAUGUUCAACUGUGCCGGAGGUGACUGGUCCGGUAGCAGAUCUUUGUUCGUGCAUCCCGAAGAAAGGAAUGGUACGCCCAGAUAAACCACCAUCCAAAAUUUCUCAAAUCGGAGAAGAAAGUCCUCCUGCAACUGAUGUAACUAUGGACGCACCUGAUGCAACUGUGGACGUGCCUGAUGCAACUGUGGACGUACCUGAUGCGACUGUGGACGUACCUGAUGCGACUGUGGACGUACCUGAUGCAACUGUGGACGUACCUGAUGCGACUGUGGACGCACCUGAUGAAGAACCAAAUAUUGAAGAACCUGUGGAGGAGAAUGUACGUUUGGUUGAGUCAUCUGCAGAAACGCCACUUAUAGACGAGGAUGAAACGACCGUAGAUCCAACCGAUGGUCCUACAGACAGCGAAACAACACAUACAGACACACCUGCGAUUGAAACAACCACAGCAGAAUCAUCCAUAGAAGAAGCACCCGCGAGAAACUCUGAAGUUUUAGAAACUUCUAAUGUAACGCCCAUUGAAACAGCCGAAGUUCCCAUACCAGAUGAAUCUACGAUAGACGAAACUGCCAUGGACACGCCAAAGAAACCUGAAGAAGAAUUGAUCGUAGAGCCAAUAAUCGACGAGGUGACCGAUGUCGACAAUCGUGCUGCACCGAUCGAGUUCUCGAGAGAUUUUAACGGGAAGAAAAUGUACGUGAGCGUGCAGAUGCAAACGUCGAACACGAUUCUGACGCAGAUCUUGUCCGAGUUUCAAGUAGGCAACAAAAAGCGGCAGGUACUGAUGAGUAUUAAAUUGCACUCGAACCUGGAUGGAAAUGGCGAGGAUGAAGAACAAUCGUCAGAUUCGAACGGUAGCGAAGUGGCGGCCACUGAAGGACAGUCUCCGAGAUAUGACAACUACGAUCAUCAGAGACGAAUAAGACGAGUUACCGUUAGUCCAUCCGUGUACCGUCGAACGUUGACAUCGAGGGGUACAUACGAUUCAUCGAUGUACGCGUCGGUCAACCACGCGACUUAUGAGAGGACCGAAACAAAUUAUUCGCCAGAGAAUGAAAACAACACGACCAACGGGACGAAUCAUGUGUGCGGACCUUGCGGAAAGAAGAGGCGAUGAUUCAAUCAGUGUUAACGAAGCUUAUAGCCAAGAGAUACGCCGAACAUCUUUGUGAAGCUACCAGUACAAAUUAUCAUUUUGAACGAUGCUUGACCCCAAAAAGUGGUUACUUAGCAAAACUUUAAAAAAUGUAUUUAAAUAAAUAUCCUUACAAAUAACGUAAUAACAUGUAUCAGAAGAAAAAUGUCAUUUAAAGAUUACAGGAAAGCUAGAUAUCAGGUAUAAUCUAUCUUAUUUAACGCUCCUUCAAAGAUACAAGAAUAACAAAGAAACGGUUCUUGCAAACAAAAUUACUAUAAAAUACAAUAAUAAUGGCUACGAAUACCAUUUUUAAGUCCAAACACAGUUCCACUGACAAUGAAGAAAGUUCGAUAAAGAAAUUAAAAGAACAUGGAAACACAUCCUUGCUAAGGUCAGAAAUAGAAUACUGUCAAGGAUCGAAUUACGAGAUGAAGAGUAGAACUAAAGACGCUUCGACUGAAUUACGCAUCGAAACCGAUGAUAUACAAAUAACCACGGAAAUAUAUUCCAUGACGGAUCUGCCGUCCUCGUUACAAGCCGACGAAGAAACAGAACCAGAACCUGGAACGAUCGUACCAGAGUAUUACGGGAACCAAUGUGCGAUACUUCGCGCGUACAGAUGCAAAGGCGUGAACGUAACACAAUCGGAUUUUCCCGAAAGCUGUCAGCGAAAAAUCUCCUCAGACCAAUUCCACCAAUCUUUCCAGAAGAACGGCAAAGGUGAAGACGUUCGUUUGUUUCGUCUAGUAGCGACGAUUCCGUGUAUACCAAUUGAGGUGAUCAAAACGCAAUUCGGCGGUCCUAUGUGUCAAGAAACGUGUCCAAAUAUAACCAUAGCCGAAUGUUCGCAAACCGAAGACACGGUGUCCUUGAAAUCGGAAGAACAGAACGACGAUCUAGAAAUAGUCACGACGUCUACGAUUUCAAUGUUGCAAGAGGAGCUUGCAUGUAAGAAGUGCUUAUCGACGGUGCAGGAAUCGGAGGAGGAAGACGACAAAGUUCUCGAAAAACAAAAUAAAAAAUGGAAUGAAAGGCGAAGUGUCUGUGUUGGCCCAGCGGAUUCGCUUCCUGUUGAUAAAGAAACCGACACGAAUUCGCGGAAACCACGCAGGAAUAUAUUUGAAACAGAAACGAUAAUAUCGAAUUGUUCGUCUAUCUGGUUCGAGAGACCGCGAAUUGAGAAGAAUCGCAGAGCGAUUUGUACUCGAACGAACGAAAGCUGUUCUUCGAACGCGAGAAUAAGCGGCCACCUGUCUUACUGUGCUAACGUUCGCCCAUCGGCCAGCCAUUGUAUGACGCAAUGCGAAAUGCUUAGAAACGGUCCAAGAUUUACUUGUUCGACUGCCACUGAGAUAAAUUCUUGCGAAUCAUUUGCCAAUAGUUGGUGUCACGUUCUAUCGAACAGAUGGAGAAAUCCGAACGAAUAUUGGUCGACAGCAGACUGUUGGACCCCCAAAAGCCAUCAGCUCGGCAGGAUAAAUAAUACCUAUGGGUGCUCGAUAACUGGAAGAUCGCUCGAGAUUUGCGCGCGGUACUCUCCGAAUUGUAACAAUGCGUGCAGUCGAUAUUACUUAAAUGUCGACAAAGCCUACAAUACCAGUGGAAGGAACUAUCCGUGCAACAGUGGCUAUAAUAUUUGCAACGCGAAUAUGUACCACAACACAGCUACAAAUCAGACAUUCCGUCACACUCCUGCUAGUUAUUGUUACUCUUUUAACUCGUGGUGCUGACAUGGUAUUUAAGCUGGGUCAAAACUGUAAUUAUUCGACAACGUAAUUUUCAUGUUCACAAUGCCACAAUACCGCGGCUGUUCAUAAUAACGUUGCAAAAAAUAAUAAAAAAGUGAAUACGACAGGAAUCACACUAUUUGCUUUUCAA